AUGGGGGCGGUGCUUCAUACGGUGCCCCGGAAGGUGACCGACGCCAUGAAUGCAGAUCUGUCUGCUUUGUUCACGGCGAUAGAAGUGAAGGAAGCUCUAUUCCAGAUGUUUCCGACUAAGGCCCCAGGGUCUAAUGGCUUCCCCGCACAUUUUUUCCAGCGCAACUGGGAGCUGUGUGGGGCAGAGGUGACUGCGGCUAUCCUUCGCAUUCUCAUGGGCGAGGAUGAUCCAGAGGAGCAAUCUGCCUUUGUGCCGGGACAACUAAUCACGGACAACAUCAUUACAACUUAUGAAUGUCUGCACUUCAUGAAGCGCAAUACUGCAAUUAAGCAUCGCCAGUGUGCGCUGAAACUUGAUAUGCAGAAGGCCUAUGACCGUGUUGAGUGGUCAUACUUGCAGGCGAUCAUGACCAAGAUUGGAUUCAGCGACGGCUGGACAGCUCUGAUCAUGAGAAUGGUGUCGACGGUAUCAUUUUCGGUGCUGUUUAAUGGUUCCCCCCUCCCUCCUUUCAAGCUGAUGAGGGGGAUUCGCCAAGGAGAUCCCAUCUCUCCGUACCUGAUUUUACUAGCAGCAGAGGGCCUCUCGUGCCUCUUGAAAUCCCGAAGUUCUGUUGAAUCAUCAAGUCUCCAAGGUUUAAUGGUGGCCAGCUCCGCCCUGGCGGUCAACCACUUACUCUUUGCUGAUGAUAGCCUGUUGUUUGUGAAAACGAGUUUGGAGGGGGCGGCUGAAGCUGCGACGGUGCUCGACACCUAUUGCCAAGCCUCGGGUCAAAGAAUAAACCUUGAUAAGUGUUCUGUUUUCUUCUCGAAGGGCUGCCCAGAGGCCGUCCGGACUGAGAUGAAAAAUACCCUGCAAGUUCAUAGUGAAUCUCUGAGUGAAAAGUAUCUGAGGAUGCCAUCUGAUGUGGGACACUCGACCAAUGGAGCUUUCAAGUACUUGAAAGAUAGAGUGUGGAAACGGUGGGGAAGCAGAGAGGGGAAACGCAAGACAUGUUGGGUCUCAUGGGAGGACAUGUGCUCGCCAAAAUUUGCCGGAGGCCUGGGUUUCCGUGAUAUCGAGCUGUUUAAUUUAUCUAUGCUGGCAAAACAAGCAUGGAGGUUGAUGCAAAGCCUGGAUACACGGAGUGGAAAAACUCUCAAGGCGGUCUACUUUCCUCAAGAUGACAUCCUGACAGCUAGUCUCGGCGCGCACCUGUCACAAAUUUGGCAGGCGAUCAUCGAUGGCCGUGAUGUACUCAAGCAGGGCCUGAUCAGGCGGAUAGGUAAUGGAGAGAGUACUCAUGCUUGGAACGACAAUUGGAUUCCUCGUGAUUCGUUGAUGAGGCCGAUUGCUUGCCCGACGGACGAUGCUCCGUGUGCUGUGUCUGAUUUCAUUGAUAGCACGUCUGCUUCGUGGAAUCGUGGGAAACUUGAGGAAUUUUUCCUGCCGAUGGAUGUGGAAAUAAUUCAGUCGAUUCCCAUCUGUACCCGGAGUGCUGAUGAUUUUUGGGCAUGGAAUUUUGAGAAGACGGGAGUGUUCUCUGUACGAUCUGCCUACCGUAUGCUCGUAAGCACCAAGCGGAGAAGGGAGGUGUGGUUGGAUGAUCGUGCCUCGAUUUCUAACCAAUCUGCUACGGAGAGAAGCUGGACAGCUCAGUGGAAAGUCCGUGUUCCCUCCAAGCUGCGUGUUUUCCUGUGGCGCCUGGCACACACGUCAUUACCUACUGGUGAUGUUCGCCACCAUCGUGGCAUGGCCAUGUCCAGCUGCUGCGGCAUUUGUGGCGAGCGGGACUCAUGGCGGCAUUCUCUCAUCGAAUGCACCGUGAGCAGAUGCGUUUAG